AUGGAGAGAGCCAAGUUCAGAACUCUGGAACAAGUUCAGAGAUUUCAGAAUCCUCCCAAGGAUAAGACAGCAUAUCCUCUUUUACAUGAAGCUGUUAGCCAACACAUCGGCUCUUUCAAUGCUUUAACUGAAGGGACUGAUGGUGGAUUGCUUAAUAUGGGUGUAAAGGAUAUUGGAUCCAAAACCAUUUUUGAUUCCAAUGAUCAGAAGAGACUGGGAAAUAAAUUAAAAAUUAGAGUGGAUUCCGUGCAAAUUUCCAAACCUAUGGUUCCAACUACAGAUAAAAUAUCGUUAGUUAGAACAGUUUAUCCAUCUGAAUGUCGAGAGAGACUGUCAUCAUACCGUGGAAGACUUUUACUUAAAGUGACAUGGAAUGUAAAUGAUGGGGAGGAAACAAGUGAAGUUAGGGAUGCGGGACUCUUGCCAGUGAUGGUCCAAUCUAAUAGAUGUAAUCUUGAGGGUAUGUCUCCGGAAGAAUUAGUAGAGCACAGAGAGGAAAGUGAUGAAUUUGGUGGUUACUUUAUUGUCAAUGGUAUAGAGAAAAUCAUCAGAAUGUUAAUUGUGCCGCGGAGAAACUAUCCAAUGGCUAUUGUCCGUUCUUCAUUCUCAAACAGAGGGGCAUCAUAUUCUUCAUAUGGUGUUCAAAUAAGAUGUGUCAGGCCAGAUCAAACUGCAUUGACUAAUGUGCUUCAUUACUUGAAUGAUGGUAAUGUUACGUUCAGAUUCUCUUGGAGAAAAAAUGAAUAUUUGGUUCCAGUUGUGAUGAUAUUGCGUGCCUUGAUCGAGAGCAACGACCGUGAAAUUUUCGAUGGUAUUGUCGGUUCAGAUGUUGAAAACUCAUUUCUGACCGAUAGAUUGGAAUUGCUUUUGAGAACAUAUAAGCAUUACAAGUUGAAUUCAAAGAAGGAAGCUCUUGCAUAUAUCGGUAACAAAUUCCGUGUUGUUUUUGCUGCAACUCCGGAUCGUACUGAUGUCGAUGUUGGGGAGGAAGUUCUUCGUAGAAUUGUUUUGGUCCAUCUUUCCGAUAACAGAGACAAAUUCAGAAUGCUUCUCUUUAUGGUCCGCAAGCUUUAUGCUCUUGUCGCCGGGGACUGUACUCCUGAGAAUCCUGACUCAACGCAAAACCAUGAAAUUCUUUUGGGUGGUUUCUUGUAUGGCAUGAUAAUAAAGGAAAAGAUUGAUGAGUAUUUACAAAGCAUAAGAACACAGAUUCAAGUUGAUAUUAAUCGCGGAGUUGCUGUGAACUUCAAAGAUCCUCGUUAUAUGCAUCGUGUUCUCAUGAGGGUUAAUGAGAACAUUGGUCAGAAGUUACAGUACUUUCUCUCUACAGGUAACUUGGUUUCACAAAGUGGGUUGGAUUUGCAACAAGUUAGCGGAUAUACAGUUGUGGCCGAAAAGAUCAACUUUCAUCGUUUUUUGGCUCAUUUCCGUAUGGUUCAUCGCGGUGCCUUUUUUGCUUCGUUGAAGACUACUACUGUUCGUAAAUUACUUCCAGAAUCUUGGGGAUUUUUGUGUCCGGUGCAUACUCCAGAUGGUGCUCCUUGUGGAUUGUUGAAUCAUUUAGCCUAUAAAUGUCAGGUGACUACAGAACAAUUGGAUACGUCUGCCAUUCCAGAAGCUGUUUAUAAAUUAGGAGUAUCCCCAACUUUAUCUGCGGCUGCUAUUUCUGGACCUAAUGUUUGCUGCGUUCAACUAGAUGGUCGUAUUAUUGGAUGGUGUUCGCAUAAGCAGGGAAAGUAUGUCGCUGAUACUUUGAGAUUUUGGAAAGUUGAAUCUUCAGAGCAUGGAAUACCAUUAGAAUUGGAGAUUGGUUAUGUUCCUGAAUCUCAGAACGGGCAAUAUCCUGGUUUAUAUCUUUUUGGCGGCCGUUCGAGAAUGAUCAGACCUGUUAAAUACCUUCCUCUGAACAAAAAAGAUAUCGUUGGACCAUUUGAACAAGUUUACAUGAACAUUGCCGUGGAACCUAAUGAAAUCGAAAAGAAUGUUCAUACUCAUGUCGAAUUUUCUCCUACUUAUAUUUUAUCCACUUUGGCAAAUUUGACCCCAUUUUCUGACUUCAAUCAAUCGCCAAGAAAUAUGUACCAAUGUCAGAUGGGAAAGCAGACUAUGGGUACGCCUGGUGUCGCUCUUUGUCAUCGUUCCGAUAAUAAAUUGUAUCGUUUGCAAUGCGGUGAAUCGCCAAUAGUGAAGGCCGGACUUUAUGAUGAUUUUGGUAUGGAUAAUUUCCCCAAUGGUACAAAUGCAGUGGUUGCUGUUAUUGCAUACACUGGUUAUGAUAUGGAUGAUGCGAUGAUCUUAAACAAAUCAACUGAAGAAAGAGGCUUUGCUUAUGGUUCAAUGUACAAAACAGAGAAAAUUGAUUUGGGAAUGGAUCGUAGAAGGGGGGAUCCAAUCACUCAACACUUUGGAUUUGGUGAGGAUCACUGGCCCGAAGAAUGGAGAGAGAGGUUAGAUGAGGAUGGAAUGCCUUAUAUUGGUUCUUUUAUCAAAGAAGGUGAUCCUAUUUGCGCCUUCUAUGAUGAUGUUUUGGGCAGAACUAGGAUUAAACACUUUAAGGGAUCCGAGUCCGGCUUUAUUGAUGAAGUCAAAUUAUUAGGAGAUGACAAUGCAGCCAAAGAAUGUCAGAUUGCAACAAUAAAAUUUAGAAUGCGUAGAGGUCCUAUAAUUGGUGAUAAAUUCUCGUCUAGGCAUGGACAAAAGGGUGUGUGCUCUAGAAAAUGGCCACAAAUUGAUAUGCCUUUUACCGAGUCAGGAAUGCAACCGGAUAUUAUUAUUAAUCCUCAUGCCUUCCCUUCAAGAAUGACCAUUGGUAUGUUGAUUGAGUCUAUGGCUGGAAAAGCGGGUGCUUUGCACGGAAUUGCGCAAGACUCCACUCCAUGGCAGUUCAGUGAAAACGAUACACCAUUAAAGUACUUUGGUGAUCAGUUGAAGAGUGCGGGUUACAAUUAUUAUGGUAAUGAGCCAAUGUACUCAGGUGUUACUGGUGAGGAACUUAGAGCGGACAUUUAUAUUGGUGUUGUCUAUUAUCAGAGAUUGCGUCAUAUGGUUAAUGAUAAGUUCCAGGUUAGAUCUACUGGACCAGUUAAUUCCCUCACGAUGCAGCCAGUUAAAGGAAGAAAGAGACAUGGUGGUAUUAGAAUUGGUGAAAUGGAAAGGGAUGCUUUAAUUGGACAUGGUUCGGCAUUCUUGCUACAAGAUCGUUUGUUGAAUUGCUCUGAUUAUACACAAUGCUCUGUUUGUAAGGAGUGUGGUUCUAUUCUCUCGACCCAAAUGUCGGUUUCACGUAUUGGAACGGCAGCCGGUAUUAGAUGCAGACGUUGUGCCAAGAAGGUUGAUUCAACGACUGUCAGCAAAGAUGACCUCGAUGUGUGGGAAGACGGUCAGGGGAAUAAGUAUGUCGGCGGUGAGAAUACAACUACGGUUGGUAUUCCAUUUGUGCUAAAAUACUUAGACUCUGAGCUUAACGCCAUGGGAAUUCGGAUGAAAUACGGUAUCACGCCACAAUAA